UCGUUGAAACUGUCACUUGGACUUCAGUGGUACUACCAUCAUGAGGUCCCUACUUUUCUUGGCACUGUGUGCCAUCGUUCUAGUUGUUGGAGCCGCAGCUGGAGAACAGAGACAAUGUCCGGAAGGAUUCAUGCCCAGCCUGAUGGAUUGUUACAAGGCGGAGAAGACACCUAUGACGUUUGAUGACGCCGAGGACAAAUGUCUGUCUUACAACGGGUUGAAUGAGACACGAUUCCACCUCCUCUCUGUCCAGUCGGUCAGGAAUCAGACCCAUAUUCUGAGAAAGCUUGAGCUUGGAGCAAAACCAGUAUGGAUGGGUAUAUUGAGAAUAAAGGGAAAUCCGUACCAAUGGACUGCAGAAGAAGGAAUGGCUUCUGAUAGUGCACCUUGGGACACCACAGGCGCCUCAAAGGCCUACUGCGUCACCGUUGUCAAUGGGAAAUGGAAAAAAACAAAAUGCAAAACACCCAACAUAUUCAUAUGCAGCGGAAAACAGUCACAGUACAUCAGGAAGGCUGAAAUCGAGCGCUGGGAAUACAAGGAUGUGGGUUGUCCCAGGACGUUUGCAGCCCAAAAAGGCCAUUGUUACCGUUUCUUCUCUUCGAAAAAAUCGUGGGGAGAUGCCGAGGCAAGGUGUCAGGCGGUGAGGGAUGGCUAUCAUCUGAUGUCAGUCCCAAGUACAAGAGAGAACAUUCUCAUGAAGGCUAUGUUCCCUGAUCAAAUAAAAAAAAAUCGUGUUUGGCUCGGACUGAGGAAAGUCAAUGGUGUUGAUCAAUGGACCGAUCAUUCAAAGUACAAAAAGUCGAGACGCAACUGGGACAGGCGCAGUAAGAGCAGAGCAAAAAAUUGCACAUCCCUCUCAAAAACUAGCAGAGGUCUACCUAAGUGGGAACGAGUAAAAUGCUCAGAACCACACGAGUUUAUUUGCAAGGGAGGCACCAAAGCGAGCGUUGCCAUCACUUUUGCCCCAACAACAACCACAACGACACAAGCACCUGUUAAUAAUUAUGGAGGUGGUGGAGGCAAUGGUUAUGGCGGUGGCGGUGGGGGUGGUGGUGGCGGUGGGGCCAGUGGUGGUAUGCCAGCUUUCAAAAUACCGAAAAAGGGUAACUGCAAAUUUUCGCUGUCACAGAGAGGUCCCAAUGCCAUCCCCGUUUUUAUCUACAUCGCUAUGUUACAAUUCGUGCCUGGGUCCCAGCCAUCUAUCUGUUUGAAAGCGUGCGCUGGUGCCAAGGGGCGGUGUCAGUCUGUCACAGCUAUCCCAAGGGGAACUGGAAAUUACCUGUGUGCCAUUGGUAUGAGGGAAAUGCCUCAUCACCAGAAAAUGCCAUGGACGCAGUGUCAAGGAUGUGCCUAUUUUGGCAAAAGGUGUUCAGGUAGUUGCCGUAUGGUUCCAAUGCGUGUUCCAGUUCUCUACUAUCAACCAAAGACACUAAACCAAGUACCGGGGCCAAAUAUGCAGCAGUGCGUCAUGCUUUGUCAGAAGGAAGUGAAAUGCAGUUUCAGUGCAUCGCUGGUACAGGGACAGCAGAAGGUAUGCCUUCUUAUGGGAGUUAAAUCCCCGUUGCCCCAGCCGAGAGCUGUGAAAAUUCAAGGUAAAGGAGGUCAGCCACUACCUCUUCGGUUUGCUCACAAAGUAUGCAGCUAGUUCUAUCCGGCUUCGUUGGCGAGGAGUACCACUCUAUAGAGAAGCAGCGCCACUAAUUAAACAGUUUUGUUAGACGACAAGAUGACAACCAACAUGUAUAUUGUACAGAACCGAGCAUAUAUUAAUAUACUUUGUAUAUACCGAUAAUGAAAUCUAACUUGUGAGUUUGUAGAGAAAAUUACUGAUUAUUACUGAAUGGUGAUAAAGAAUUCGUACAAGACCUAUCAUAAAAUACCUGCGAUAAUGCCAUGAAGAAAUAGUAUCAUUUUUGUAAACUGUCAUCGUCUAUUCAAAUAAAAGAGAUGGUAACUGACAA